AAAAAGGGUCAACAAAAACUUUUAUGACCCACAGAAACACUUCUUGAUUCUGUCAUAGAUAAGUAAAUAUUAAACCAAUUAGAUACAUCAUCUUCUCAUACAAAGAGAUCAUCAAUGAAGAAUCCGGUGGUGAAGACAUGGAGAAAAAUGAAGUCCUUUGGGCAUACAAGCUCUUCGACGACGGCCACGGUCAAGAAGAGCAAGUCUUGGACAGGCUCUAUUUCUCUAGAGGAUGCUAAUAGUAUCGAAUCAAAAGGUAAGAUGAGGAGGAAAGAGUCUCCCCAACAUGGGGUUUUCACGGUUUGCGUGGGUCCGACGAAACAAAGGGUCGUGGUGAAGACGAAAUUGGUGAACCAUCCAUUGUUCAGGAACUUGUUAGAAGAUGCAGAGAAUGAAUAUGGAUAUAGAGGCGAUGGACCCAUUGUUCUUCCUUGCGAGGUUGACUUCUUCUUCAAGGUUUUAGCCGAGAUGAAUGCAGGGAAAGGUGAUUUCGAGUUUCAGGGUGAGCACCACAAAGACAACAGUUCUCCUCGACUGGCAUACCCCAAAUUACCAACCUUGAUCUUGUGGGAAGGCGAUUUAAGUGGGUGA